CCGGGCAUCUUCACAUUAUUAAAUCUGGCCCUCUUUAAAAGAAGUUUGGACAGCCCUGCCGUGCAACCUGUCAGCUGUGGUAUUUCUGAGUAUAUGUACACUCCUCGUCGCUGGGGGGCGCUAGUUGAAGGCGGGGCGCGCACUGGGCACCUGGGUAAUCGAGGAAACUCAAGAGAGUCCUCUCCGGAGCUAACAGCAGUUAGCCGGCUAAUCUCCUGGACAACGCAGUUGUGGUUGUUGGCGUGUCUGUUUCAGUGUCCGUGUCUGUCUCUCCGUCAAACCACAGACACUUCACACCGUCAGUGACAGGCGCGAGGCGGACACCGACGGGCACGUUCACGUCCGCUGGGUGCUUUCUCCCAGGAUGCUAGCACACAGACAAGCCAGCUAGCUAGCCGACCUGCUAAAGUAGCCAAACAGCAGCAGUGUCUGGUCCGGAUGCUUUGAACGGCAACGCAGCGGAUUUUGGGGAGUUUCUAGUCGGCCUCGGAUCAUGUCAAGUAACCGGCCACAGCAGAGCGCCGGAGGGGCGAGCUCAGUGCCUGGCACAAGCAGCAGCAGCACCGGGAACUCAAACGGCGGCGGCGGCGGCGGUGGUGUUGCUGGUGGUGGGAGCAGCAACGCCGUCACAAGUAACGGUAACAACUCGGGAAAUGUUGUCCCCUCUCGAAACUUGACAACAACCGGCGAGGGCUUGUCGGUGCCAACUUUGGCCGCCGUCCCGUCGUCCCGGAGCGGGUUCCCCUCUCUGAGCAGACCCUCCGCGUCCUCGGGCAGCAGGAAGAAAGCCCUCCACCAAACCCCGCUUUACAACGGCCUCUUAAACUCAUACGAGGAUAAAAGCAACGACUUCGUGUGCCCCAUUUGCUUCGAAAUGAUCGAAGAGGCGCACAUGACGAAGUGUGGACACAGUUUCUGUUUCAGGUGUAUCCGCCAGAGUCUGGAGGACAGCAACAGAUGUCCCAAGUGUAACUAUAUCGUGGAUAACGUUGAUCAGCUGUAUCCAAACUUUCUCGUAAAUGAACUGAUCCUCAAACAGAAGCAAAGGUCGGAGGAGAAGAGACUAAAGUUGGAUCAUCCCAAUGGGUCUAGGUGGCAGGUGUUCCAGGAUGUGUUGAGUCCUGACCAGGAGAACUUGGACCUGGCAAAUGUCAAUCUGAUGCUGGAGCUCCUGGUCCAGAAGAAGAAGCAGCUGGAGGCGGAAUCUCAAGCAGCUCAGAGACAGAUCCUCAUGGAGUUCCUGAAAGAAGCCAGAAGAAACAAGCGAGAGCAACUGGAGCAGCUGCAGAAAGAGCUCAACUUCCUCGAAGAGGACAUAAAACGUGUCGAGGAAAUGAGCGGCCUGUACUCUCCGAUGAUGGAGGCCGAAUGUACGGUGCCCAAUGUGGAAGCUCCCUCACCAGCACCCAGCUGCAGCAGUAUUAUUGACCCACCAGACUACAGCCAGCCUCCAGGGUUCGGUGGAACUACCCAGGGCAAAAGACAGACCUGGUACAACAGCACCCUGGCUUCAAGGAGGAAGAGGCUGACGGCUCAUUUUGAGGAUCUGGAGCAGUGCUACUUCUCCAACAAAAUGUCACGAAUCACAGAUGAAGGCAGGAACUUGAACCAACUGGAUGAUUUCAUGGAGUGUCUGUCCAAGUUUACCCGUUACAACUCUGUUCGGCCGCUUGCCACGCUCUCAUACGCCAGUGACCUGUAUAAUGGCUCCAGUAUCGUCUCCAGUAUUGAGUUUGACCGUGACUGUGACUACUUUGCCAUCGCCGGGGUGACCAAGAAGAUCAAGGUGUUUGAGUACGGCACAGUGAUCCAGGACGCAGUGGACAUCCACUACCCUGUCAACGAAAUGACCUGCAAUUCCAAAAUCAGCUGUAUCAGCUGGAGCAGCUAUCACAAGAACCUCCUGGCCAGCAGUGACUAUGAGGGUACCGUCAUCCUGUGGGAUGGAUUCACGGGCCAGAGGUCCAAAGUCUACCAGGAGCAUGAAAAAAGGUGUUGGAGUGUUGACUUCAAUCUGAUGGACCCCAAGCUGUUAGCCUCCGGUUCUGAUGACGCUAAAGUGAAGUUAUGGUCAACCAAUCUCGACAACUCCGUGGCCAGCAUCGAGGCCAAGGCCAACGUGUGCUGUGUUAAAUUCAGUCCGACCUCCCGGUAUCAUCUGGCCUUCGGCUGUGCAGACCACUGUGUCCACUACUAUGAUCUACGAAACACUAAGCAGCCAAUCAUGGUGUUCAAAGGUCACAGGAAGGCUGUGUCCUACGCCAAGUUUGUCAACGGAGAGGAGAUUGUUUCUGCGUCAACAGACAGUCAGCUGAAGCUGUGGAACGUCAACAAACCUCACUGUCUGCGCUCCUUCAAGGGUCACAUCAACGAGAAGAACUUUGUAGGCCUGGCGUCAAACGGAGACUAUGUUGCCUGUGGCAGUGAAAACAACUCCUUGUACUUGUACUACAAAGGACUUUCCAAGACACUGUUAACAUUCAAGUUCGACACGGUGAAGAGCGUCCUGGACAAGGACAAGAAAGAGGACGACACCAAUGAGUUUGUGAGCGCUGUGUGCUGGAGAGCUCUGCCUGAUGGAGAGUCCAAUGUGCUGAUUGCUGCAAACAGUCAAGGAACAAUCAAGGUACUGGAGCUCGUCUGAAGGCCGCCACAUCUUCAGCGUGCGAUGGAACCACCAUCAGUCCUCUCUUUGUUUGGUGGAGGAUCAGGAGCAGAGAGAGCACAGGCUGGAUACCCUACAACCAACGGGAGAGCUGAAAUGAACUGAAGCCGUCUUAUUUUAACAAGGUCCACUUUUGAGGCGGCAGUAAAGACUUUGGACCAGUGCGUCAGUAUAGCAGAAGAUGUGCUGCGAGAUUUUUUUUUUUCUUCUUACUGCAGGAAACCAAGGACAGAGCUUGGGCACACCUGGAUCAAGAGACUUCAGAAAACUUUUUUUUUUUUUUUAAGUUAUAUCGGCUACAGUAGAACACCUCUUUAUAGUUUUAGGUCAAAUCAAAACUUGUACCUUUUUUUUUUUCUUCUUUUAAAUUAAGCUGUUGCUCUCAAGGGUAUAUCCAGCCAAAUGCUACUAGUGUGAUGCAUUUUCCCUUUUUAAGGCCAAAGCACAAAACAAAAACGACAUGCAAAAAUGAUGUCUUCACAAGAAGCUUUUAACCCCCCACCCCAUUGUUUGUCACUGUUUUUCCUCCUUUAUAUGUAGUCUUUGUGUUUUUUUUUGUUUUUUUUUUCAGACUGAGAGAAACCAAUUUUAAUAAAUAUGACUUGAAUUUCAUUCUGUCAAGAGUAUCGUCAGUUCCUUUUCUGGCUGAAGAGUGUAGAAUGUGAGGUGGUGUCUACAGAGAUCUUGGAAGACCAGUGGAUUAUGGAAAUGUUGAGAAACUCCUCUGAUAUUUCUGUUGCUGUCAGAACAAAGGGACGUUUGUUUAUAAUCACAGUGAAUCUCAUGUAACUCAAGGCAUUGAUCUGCAGUGCUGAAUCGAACUGGAUUGUUUUUCCAUGUAUAUCAGCUGUUUGUUGGAAGAUGAGAACCUCAUGGAAUCAUUUAGUUCUUUCUAAAGUAGUGAUGGAAUGACUCUUCACAUCUGAAUGACGACUACAAUCCGCGUUGAUAACGUUGAGAGGAUUUGGUAAACAUGGCCAACACCUACCUAUUUUAUGAUAACUGAGUGAAAGAGGUGUUUUGUAUUUGUACAACUGAAUAAAUUAUUUCGAAACAA